AUGAACAGUGCAAAAGAUCCGUUGACUUUGGACCAUCUUAGAAACAGCAGCAGCGGCAAUAAAUUGGUACGGGAUCAGACAGCAUUAGCCAUGGCUUCGGGUUUGCAACCAGUACGAACAAGCGAACCCAAGCACCGGCUCGAGGUUCACACUUUAUCGGACACCUCCAGCCCUGACACGGGAGAAAAAGAUAAAAUUCAGCAAAGCAAAAACGAUGACACGAAUACAGACGACCCGUCAAAGAAAAAGAGACAAAGGCGCCAGAGAACUCAUUUCACCAGUCAACAGCUACAAGAACUGGAGGCAACUUUCCAGAGAAACCGCUACCCAGACAUGUCGACGAGGGAAGAGAUUGCAGUUUGGACCAAUUUAACUGAAGCUAGAGUUCGGGUCUGGUUUAAAAACCGCAGGGCCAAGUGGAGGAAACGGGAGCGGAACCAACAAGCGGAGCUUUGCAAAAGCGGCUUUGGACCUCAGUUCAAUGGUCUGAUGCAACCCUACGACGACAUGUACCCGGGCUAUUCCUACAACAAUUGGGCAGCCAAAGGCUUGACAUCGGCUUCGCUCUCCACCAAAAGCUUCCCUUUCUUCAACUCCAUGAACGUGAAUCCUCUGUCCUCUCAAGCUAUGUUCUCCUCUCCCAAUUCCAUCUCAUCCAUGAGCAUGUCAUCCAGCAUGGUCCCCUCUGCAGUGACCGGGGUCCCAGGCUCCGGCCUUAACAGUCUCAAUAACUUGAACAACCUAAGCAAUCCGUCUCUAAACUCCGCCGUCCCAUCAGCAACCUGCCCCUAUGCUCCGCCAACCCCACCUUACGUCUACAGAGACACUUGCAAUUCAAGCCUGGCCAGCCUUAGACUCAAAGCCAAGCAGCAUUCAAGUUUUGGAUACGCCAGUGUUCAGAACCCAGCGUCUAACUUGAGCGCCUGCCAAUAUGCUGUAGACAGGCCUGUGUGA